AUGAACUUCCUCAAGUCGGCAGUUGCAUCUGCCAUUGCCCAAGGGCCGCCGUUCCCUUACAGCUUCGGUGACAAGGUGGACAUCGACGAGUCCAUCUGGACGCUUAAUAACGGCACCAAGCGAGAAGAUGGAUCCAACUGUAGCAUAUUUUCCUUCGACGCUACUGCCAACAAGUCUCGGCUACCCCUGGCCAAGAACGCUUUGCGCAAGCUGAGAACACUACGCCACCCAGGCGUUAUCAAGGUGUUGGAUACGGUGGAGACCGAUACAUACAUAUACAUUGCGACCGAACGAGUUGUGCCGCUGCGAUGGCAUGUGAAGAGGAAAAGCCUUACACCAGAGACAAUCAAGUGGGGUUUGAGUAGUGUUGCACGGACAAUCAAGUUUAUCAACGACGAAGCUUCAUCAAUACAUGGCAACCUCAGAGUCGGCUCUGUGUACACGUCCGAGAGUGGGGAGUGGAAAAUGAGUGGCUUUGAGGUGCUGAGCAACGUCAAGGAUGACGAGGCAGUAAUAUACACAUACGGUAGUUUAGUUCCAGACUCGGGACGAUAUGCGCCGCCGGAGCUUGCGCGUGGGGGCUGGGAUGCGAUCAAGAAGAGCCCGCAUUCCGCUGUGGACUCAUUCGGCUUCGGCUGCUUGAUAUUUGAGGUUUUCAAUGGCAACUUCAUGGGCUCCGAUCAGGCUGGCCAGACGAAGAACAUCCCUCCGACAAUGCAGCAAAGCUACAAGCGUCUGGUCAACCCAAAUCCCAAGUCGCGUGUCAGUGUUGGCCAUUUCCUGGAGCAAGGCCAGCGCAGCGGAUCCUUUUUCGAUAGCCCACUUAUCAAGCUGACGGAGGGAAUCGAAAACCUGGGUGUCAAGACCGAGGCCGAGAGGGAGCAGUUCCUUGAUGACCUUGACCAGCUGACUGACGAUUUCCCCGAGGAUUUCUUCAAAAUGAAGGUUCUUCCGGAACUAAUCAAAUCGGUCGAGUUCGGGGGCGGAGGACCUAAGGCAUUCAGCGUUGUUAUGAAGAUCGCAGCCAAGCUGCCUAACGAAGACUUUGAUUCGAAGAUCACGCCGGUAGUCAUUCGGCUUUUCUCUAACCCCGAUCGAGCCAUCCGCGUCUGUCUCCUGGACAGCUUGCCCUUGAUGAUAGACCGGCUCACGCAGAAAGUUGUCAACGACAAGAUUUUCCCGCAACUAGUCACUGGUUUCACAGACGUCGCCCCGGUAGUCCGAGAGCAGACACUCAAGUCGGUUCUCGUCAUCAUCUCGAAGCUGUCUGACCGGACAAUCAACGGGGAGUUGCUCAAAUAUCUAGCAAAGACGGCGAAUGACGAGCAGCCAGGUAUCCGGACAAACACAACAAUUUGCCUUGGAAAGAUCGCCAAGAACCUUGGCGCGUCUUCGAGAAGCAAGGUUCUCAUCGCCGCCUUUACUAGGUCCCUCCGAGAUCCCUUCGUGCAUGCCCGCAAUGCAUCACUGAUGGCUCUCGGCGUUACCGGGGAUUGUUUCUCUGAUGAAGACGCCGCUCUCAGGAUCAUGCCGGCGCUGUGCCCGUUGCUCAUAGACAAGGAAAAGAUGAUCCGCGACCAGGCCAGUAAGACCAUGGAUGUGUAUGUGCAGAAAGUCAAAAAGGCAGCGGCCAGCAUGCCAGACUCGGCCCUGCCUCCCCAGGGUGCCGAAGGAGCUGGUGGACCCCGUAUGAGUACGCCGCAGCCCAACGAGGCUUCAGCGUCGUCUUGGGCCGGUUGGGCCAUCUCCUCCUUCACAAACAAGGUUUCGACAGCGGCGGGGGAUAUGCAGACAUCCAACGGCCCAGGUGCCGCCUCCCCCAAGCCAACUCCCUCGCCGGGCCCAGACGCGAAAAGGCCUACUACGUCCUCGGCCUCUGCUUUACAUCGGCAGGCCGUCACAUCCCCGCCGCCAAUAUCGCGGACACCUUCCUCGGUCGUGGCGGACGCCUUCAACCCAGAACCUGCGGACGACGCGGGCGAUGCCUGGGGCGAUUUGGCAGACGACGAUGCGUGGGGAGAGCCGGCCGACAGCACAAAGUCCUCUGCGGCGAAGAAGGAAACGACCGCCAGUGUGACGCCGUUCGAUGAUGGCGCUGAGCCUGAUUUCGCCGGCUGGUUAGCCGCACAGUCGCAGAAGAAGAGCGGAUCCAGCAAGCCUCUGCCCAAGGGGCUGGCCAAGUCCUCAACGGCGGCGGCAAAGAAGCCCCUGGCGUCCAAGCCAGCAACCAAACCCGUAGUAGCAAAGAAAAUAGAUAUGAAGCCCAAGGAUACGGACGAUGACGACGACGGUUGGGGAGAUGGCUGGUAA